AGCAGGACUAAUCAGUGAGCGGCGGGCGGGGGUGUCCGUGCGGAGUUUCCCUGGGCGUCCCCAAGUUACUGCGUGUUGCCGUGAGAUGUGGCUCUGCGAGGCAGGACAGGCGUGUGGACCGAGCCGGGGGCGUUUGGCCCGGAAAGCCGGUGCUGACAGACACCAGGUGCGACGGGAGGAGUAGUGGUUGAGGGUAAGAGCGAAUCCCGGCACUCUCCAGGUGCAGCGGCCAACAUGGGCAGGCUGGAGCACUCUCCUCCGAGAGGAACGCACGCAGGCUCCUCCCUCGACCCCCGACUGCUGGGGGCACAACUCCGCGCCGGCUAUGCCGCCGGCUUCUGCGGAGGUCUGAGACUGGAAGGGGUACGCGCUGCUGUGGGCAGGAGUCCUUUGAACCAUCCGCGCUAGACACCUUUUACCUUUCGUGAAGGUGGAGUUCACCUAGGGGUGCUUUGCUUUCCCCCCAGUAAUUAGCAUUCUCCUGAUCUGGUUCAUCUGCAUCCUGCGUCCCUCCCGCCUGGCUGUACCUCUUUAAGUGUGCGCUGGGCAAAGGGCGCCCUGCUUCUCUGAAUGCAUGGUGCUUCUUCUUCUUCUUCAUGGGUGCACAUGGUACACUGCUCGUUGCUGGUAUUCAACCUUCCAGUGUGGAUUAAUGAGAAAAAGACCCGUUAUUCUGUACCGCUUGACGUUUUAGAUCGUUAACCUACGGAUUUCUUAAAUUUCAUAGUUGAGGUACCUAUUACACCAUUCUUUGGCGAAGGCUAUUCAGCAGUGGUGACCUCUUCCAAUCCUAUACUCUACAAGUUAUUAUCUCUGGACUUUCAGCUGACACCCUGCCGGAGGCAAGAGCUACUAAGCCAACUGGAACUGUGCCUUUUCUCUUGUCAAGGUUUUUUUCUUACACAGGAAAAAGAAAGAAAAAAAAAAGAUGAAGUUGGGCAAAGUGGAGUUCUGCCAUUGUCUGCAGCUAAUAGCUCUUUUCCUGUGUUUUUCUGGGAUGAGUCAAGCAGAACUCUCAAGGUCCAGAUCAAAGCCCUAUUUCCAAACAGGGAGGUCCCGGACCAAGCGCAGCUGGGUGUGGAAUCAGUUCUUUGUUCUGGAGGAAUACAUGGGUUCAGACCCCCUCUAUGUAGGAAAGCUCCACUCUGAUGUUGAUAAAGGAGAUGGUUCCAUCAAAUACAUCUUGUCAGGCGAAGGGGCAAGUUCCAUUUUCAUUAUUGAUGAGAACACUGGGGAUAUUCAUGCCACCAAGAGACUGGAUCGUGAGGAGCAGGCCUACUACACGCUCCGAGCUCAAGCACUUGACAGGCUCACCAACAAGCCCGUGGAGCCCGAGUCUGAGUUUGUCAUCAAAAUUCAGGAUAUCAACGACAAUGAACCCAAAUUUUUGGAUGGCCCAUACACGGCAGGAGUUCCUGAAAUGUCUCCUGUGGGGACCUCAGUUGUACAAGUGACAGCGACAGAUGCUGAUGAUCCUACGUAUGGCAACAGUGCCAGAGUGGUCUACAGUAUUCUGCAGGGACAGCCAUACUUCUCAGUGGAGCCAAAGACAGGAGUCAUCAAGACUGCCCUUCCAAACAUGGAUAGAGAGGCUAAAGACCAGUAUUUGCUUGUUAUUCAGGCAAAGGAUAUGGUUGGUCAAAAUGGAGGACUGUCAGGAACUACAUCAGUCACUGUGACCCUAACUGAUGUCAACGAUAAUCCACCUCGCUUUCCUCGAAGUUCUUACCAAUAUAAUGUCCCAGAAUCAUUGCCUAUAGCCUCAGUUGUUGCCAGAAUUAAAGCUGCUGAUGCAGAUAUUGGAGCUAAUGCUGAAAUGGAGUACAAAAUUGUGGAUGGUGAUGGACUGGGCAUUUUUAAGAUUUCUGUUGACAAAGAGACACAGGAAGGAAUCAUUACUAUACAGAAGGAGCUGGAUUUUGAAGCCAAAACAAGUUAUACACUACGGAUAGAAGCUGCAAAUAAAGAUGCCGACCCUCGCUUUCUAAGCUUGGGUCCAUUCAGUGACACGACAACCGUGAAGAUAAUUGUGGAAGAUGUGGAUGAGCCCCCGGUAUUCUCUUCACCUUUGUACCCUAUGGAGGUGUCAGAAGCUACCCAGGUUGGAAAUAUCAUUGGCACUGUAGCAGCUCAUGACCCAGAUUCUUCCAAUAGCCCUGUGAGGUACUCAAUUGAUAGAAACACAGACCUGGAGAGAUACUUCAAUAUUGAUGCCAACAGUGGAGUUAUCACAACUGCCAAGUCUUUGGAUCGAGAGACAAAUGCUGUUCACAAUAUCACAGUCCUUGCAAUGGAGAGUCAGAAUCCAUCUCAAGUAGGAAGAGGCUAUGUGGCCAUCACAAUACUUGACAUCAAUGAUAAUGCCCCUGAGUUUGCCAUGGACUAUGAGACCACCGUCUGUGAAAAUGCCCAGCCAGGGCAGGUUAUCCAGAAAAUCAGUGCUGUUGAUAAAGAUGAGCCAUCCAAUGGACACCAGUUUUACUUCAGCUUAACAACAGAUGCAACAAAUAACCACAACUUUUCAUUGAAAGAUAACAAAGACAACACAGCCUCAAUACUGACCAGGAGAAACGGCUUCCGGAGACAGGAACAAUCGGUUUACUAUCUGCCAAUUUUCAUUGUGGACAGUGGAUCUCCUUCACUUAGCAGCACCAACACCCUCACCAUCCGAGUGUGUGACUGUGACGCCGAUGGCAUAGCCCAGACCUGCAAUGCGGAGGCCUAUGUCUUACCUGCUGGCCUCAGUACAGGAGCCCUGAUAGCAAUACUUGCCUGUGUCUUGACAUUAUUGGUGUUGAUCCUCCUGAUUGUCACUAUGAGAAGACGGAAAAAAGAGCCCCUUAUUUUUGACGAAGAAAGAGACAUCAGAGAAAACAUUGUAAGAUAUGAUGAUGAGGGCGGGGGAGAGGAGGACACGGAAGCAUUUGACAUGGCUGCACUGAGAAACCUCAACGUCAUCCGAGACACCAAGACCCGGAGGGAUGUGACUCCAGAAAUUCAGUUCCUGAGUCGACCAGCUUUUAAAAGCAUCCCAGAUAAUGUCAUCUUUAGGGAAUUUAUUUGGGAAAGACUAAAAGAAGCUGAUGUUGAUCCUGGUGCUCCUCCUUAUGACUCUCUGCAGACAUAUGCCUUUGAAGGAAAUGGCUCAGUUGCUGAAUCACUCAGCUCUUUAGAUUCUAUCAGCUCAAACUCUGAUCAGAACUAUGACUACCUUAGUGACUGGGGACCUCGCUUUAAACGACUUGCGGACAUGUAUGGGACUGGCCAGGAGAGUUUGUACUCAUAGCCUUGGAACCUUAAUUUGAAAUGUACUGAAGAAAAAGUAGCAGAAAAAAAAAACAACAAAAAACAGCAACAACAACAGCAGCAACACUACAUACAGAAAACAAGAACUCCACUUGCUGGAGAAAGAUGGUUGUAAAUACUUCUCCAUUUUUAAUUGUUUAGGUUUCUGCCUUGGUGAGGCAUAUCUUCAUUAGACUUCUCUAAGGGACUGCACUGACCACAGACUCUGAGCAUUUGAAGGCUUUUUGAUAAAAAGAAAUGCUCAGUGGUUUGUGAAUAGAUAGCAACUCUCAUAUACCUGCAAAGGCACCAAACCUCUAUGAGAAAGUAGUGCCCUGUGUCGUCAGUGAGUCAAAGAUGCCCUGUACAUACCUUCAUGGUACUGUCAUUGAGAGGAAUAGAACAUGAUGAGCUAUUGAAACACCCUGGAACUCCUUGCAUAUCAAAACUUGGGACAAAUUUAAUUUACAGAGAUGCUUAUAGCUUACUAUAUUACAGAAUCCAGCAGAAUUCUAUUGCUCUUGAUUAGCAGAAAUAUUUUAUUUAGCAAUAUGUAAAUUCUCAGAAAUUCCUUCCUAACUGAAAACCCUACCACAAAAGCUGAUAAAAUUUGGUUUAAGGCAACAUAAACCAUUGUUUAUCCAAUAAAUUAUGAAGUGUUCCAAAUAAGAGAAAGGUAAAUAAUUUUUAAAGUUUGUGAUUGUUUUGAGAUGCUUGAGUAGGUAUGAUAAAAAAAAAAGUUGCUGUCUAUUCAUUGAUUUUUAUUAUCUCUUCUGAUUUGUACAGGAGAAUAUCUUUUCUUUUUCAUUUGACACAUGGUGUUGUAUUUAUUUCGGAGCUCCAAUCUCCACUAAAUUCAGGUCCAUCAUACUGCCUCAUAGUAUUAAACUCAUCAGAACAUGCUGAUUUUUCUCCAGCCCAAGCUACAUGAAGGAAAUGAAGCAUGGAAAUGGAGAAAUAAUAGUAAAGCAAUCGAGCCCUGUUGCAGUUCACAUCUCAAAGAGGAGCACAGCUACAAGGACAUAUAAAUUGUUCCUCUGAGCCAUUAGAAUGUCAAAACAUUGGAAUAAAAUAUUUGUAUUUUGGAAAGACUUCAGAGAAAAUUGAGAUUUUCUUUGAUGCAAGAAUUUUUUGUCAAGGUCAUGAGUUCCACGUGCUCCAAAGACUUUCAAGAAUCCGUUUUCCAGCCUUUCUUGCUGCAAACAUAUUGAGUAAAAUAUUGAUUUUUAAAAAAUCUUAAAUAAUAUAAUGUUAUAAAGAUUAAAACCUGUGUUUAAAUUCUGAUGCAAACAUGUCCCUCGAGAAUUAACCAAACAAUGUAUAAUUUCUAUGUGGUUUAAAUGUGCCAAAGGAAGGAGGGUAAUUGCCAAGUCGUCAUGUGUUUAAAUUUAAGAUGAGCUGCUUAGAGUAUGAUUUUCAUUACCAAAAUAAUAUUGCUACCUAUUAUUUUUCCUAGAUUAAUACUAGUCUAAUGUGCAUAUAUAUUCAAGUAAGAAUGGAUUUAUUUUUUCCUUUUUUUCUCCUUUUAAAAAUAAUUCAUUGUUGGGUUCCUAAUAACAGUCAACACUGUGUAGAGAAUCAUGUUCUAAAAGUGCUUUUUGAAAGACAGACAGUGGAAUUAGAAUAUUAAUAUGUUGAUUACACAAAAAAGAACUAUGUAGGAUUCUGUAAACUUGCAGCCCAACUUUAGAAAUGAAGUAUGUAAAAGUGGCCUUCAGCUUCAUCAAAAUAAAUAAUUCAAUAAAUUUGAUUAUCUGCAAACAGUCCUUUAAUUUGAAUAAAGUUUUAUAGACAUUGUUUUAUGACUAUAUAGAUAUGCUUCUUGCUGUAUGAAUAUGCAUAUAUAUUAGAACUAUAUAUAACAGAGUGAAAGACACUGUUCAUAACUUUUAGUUACACAUGCAGGUUUUUCAAAUUAAAACAAAAAACAGUGUACUUAAACCCAGUUCAAUAAAAUCAGAGCGUGAUACAGAAAUUAUAUAUAUGUUAAAUCAACAAGGCUCUGAGAAAACAGUUUGUAAUAACUCUCCUGUUGUCUGCAAGAAGAUAAAAUAGUUUAGUACAUUUGGAUUAUGUUCUCCAAACUGCUGGUUGUUGCAUAUCAGUAAAUGGAGGUGUGGAUGUAUUUUAGAAAAGGAAUGCACACACAUCAUUCACUCUGUUUUCUCUCCUUUUAAAACGUUUGUAUUUUCUCACUAAUUUUUUGUUAAAUGUUUGCCAGUGAUAGAUUGGAAAAAGGAAGGUUGAUAUUUAAAUAAUAAUUUAAAAUUCUUGCAUAUACCCAAUUGCUAUUUAUGUGUGUAUGAUUAUAUCAAUAGAGUAUAAAUUUGAUUCAGUGGUAUUUUUUAAAAUUAAAAAAAAAUUUCUUGAUAUGGCUGGAAGAAGAAUGUUCCUAAUAUAGGGAGGAUUUAUAUGAAGUAUUCUAAGAUUAAUUGUAAUAGUGGUGAAUUUUUUACUGUUGUUUAUUUUAGUUUUAUUUUUUCUUCUGAAAUCUAAUGCUAUAUAUCAUAGUAUGACAAUACUUGAAAUGUAGGCUUUGUUUUAAAACAGACAUUGAAGAGUUAAUUGACAAAAUCAAUCUUAAAUCUAGUUGGAAGAGUCUCCAAAAAUCAUUUAAAUAAAUAUAUAUUAAGUUGCUUAAAUUUAGUAUUAUUCUGAAACCAACUAGAAUGAGCUCACAACAACUAAUUAUGCACAUCUCUUCCCAACUCCAGGUGCAGUGAUAUCAUUUUGGUUGGUUGAUGUCAGCCAUAGUGGGAUUAUUUAGACCACAACAGUAAUCAGCACACACUACCAUUUUCUCUGGAGAACAAGUUGUUAAACAUUUACUAGCACUCUACAGCUUAAAUUAUUUUAUAAAAGGAAAUUUCAUAAUUGUAAAUAUAGUAUGAAUUUAUAUGAUUUAAAAUAAUGACAUGAAAGGAAUUUAUGCUAUAUUUUACUACUAAAUAUAAAUGCAUGUGGUAGUGAUUUCCCGAUGUGAAAUCCUUGGAGCUACUUGUAAACAGGGAGAGGAUUCACUUCAUUAUGGAAAGCAAUGGCUUAGUUUCAAGUAGAGAUAAUAGUUCAGGAAGCCAAUACGCUUAAAUAUUUUCCAUUUGUCCGUACAGGAGUACCAAUAGAAACUCAGGGCGUGCCACGUUAUGCCCAUUUUGAACAGUUUAAUUUAUUCAAAAAUUAGAUGCAUUUCACUUGUUACUGUCUAUGUCAAGGAAAUAUAGCCAAGCCCUUCAUCUGAAUUGUCAUCAUUGCAUACUUUAAAAUCAGCAUAAAAAUAUAAAAAUCAAAUCUUAUCAAGAAAAUGGACUUUUGGAGAUUAAGCCUAAAUUAUCAAUCUCAAUUCACAAAUUAGUCUGAGAAAUAUUCUAAGAUCAGCUAGCUAAAGAACAAAAUCAGGAAAGAGACAUCAAGGAAAAAUAGGGUAGCACUGUGGAGGCAAUAAGUAGAUUUUUCUAUAAGCAGUCACCAGAUCUGGGAACUGGCAAAUAGCUUUCUUUGCCAGAAAGCUCUGCUGAUGACUGCAAAUGAAGUUAGUUGUCUACAAAAUACAUGCAGGAAGUAAUAGUGGUUAAGUGAUGGUAGCUGCCUUUUCACUCUGCCCUCUGAGAAUGUUUUAAAUUAUUUAUCUUCAUGCACAAUUACAUUUACAACAUUGGAAGAUAAGCAGACAUAGGCAAUUAUUUUCAUGUCAACUGCAUAGUUAUACAAUGUAGAUGUGACAUUUGUAAUAUGAUCCACGUGCCCAAGAAAUGCAAAUGCAAAUAGUGUUAGCAUUUAUAUUGAAAUAUAAAAUGUAAAGGAGCCUAAAACAAAGUAAGCUAAACAUACUACAAGAGGCUAAAUGAUUUAAACAUGUUAAAGUUUUUAAGCACUAGCUGUAAAUAUUAAUCUUCAGAUUUUCAAUUUAACAUGUAUUGACUUACAAAAUGUUCUAAUAAUAACCCUAAUUAUUUUCUAAGUCACCAUUUAAAGGUUUAUUUACAGUUGACCUGAUCAAAUUAAAAUUGAUGAAAGCCUCAACUAUUUUUUUAACUCUUUCUGGUCAACUGCCUGAAGGCAGGUGAAAUAUGUAUGACAACUAAUAGAUAAACUAAUCUAUUUUCUGUUAGUGUAUUAAUAAUAUAUAUUGUGUGAAUGACGGUGUAUGAAAGUUGGCAAUGAAAGCUAAUACAAUUAUGUUGGCUGGCUGGAUAUAAUAAGGAUCAAGAAAGGAAUAAUAGCAUUUACAUUUUAAAUGUAGUUGAUAUUAUUUUCGAAGAGUGGGAUAAGCCCUUAAGAAAAAUGGGAGGUGUUUAAGGCUGUGAUUUGGCACACAUAGUAAAGUAUAAUUCUAUUGGUAAUUUUUCAAGCAAAUCAAGGCAGGCAGUGUGUAUUCCAUUCUGAGAUUUUUUCAUAUUAUGCUCACUUCUACUGUCUCAGAAUUUAAUUGAAAAGGAUGUGUGCCUGUGUGUGUGGUUUUUUUUUUAUGUGUGUGAUUAGGAAUGUUGAGAAAUGUAUCUGAAGCAAUGUAAAAAUAAGAGUCUCAUAAUGCCUGGUUAGUGCUGGUGUAUUCUUGUCACUUGCCAAGUGACUGUUGGGCAAUAAGACUAGAAAAUAUGGUACUCAAUGAAAAAAGAAAUAUCUUAUUUGCUAUAACAAUCUAAUUUAUAUUAGGAUAAGGAUUUUGGUGACUAAGGAAAGAACGUUUAGUUGAAUUAUGUGUAUAGUUGUCACAGGUUUUUGUGUAGAUUUAAUCUCAUUGUUAACACAGAAUAUAGAAUGUGCAUAAUUUGUUAUGAAAUGUUACUGGGCUUUGGUAUCAGUGUGGUAUACCAGAAGUUACUGCUGGUCUUCGGUUAUAAAAUCUAGGUCAGAAGCUCAGUUUCACCAUAUUUUUGCUGUGCCCUAGAUGCCAUUAUAAUUCUCUGAAUUUUUAUAGCUUCAUGAUUAAAAUUGAGUUAAUGA